UACAGCCAAUCAGCUCGAGUGSCUGCUACGUCGUUACGUCGGUAGCAACAACAACAGCUCGCCCUUAGCUUUUUUCAUUUUGUCAACUCCGUCACCAACAAAACAUAUCGUGAAAAAUGCCGAAUUGACGACAGUUUUUCCUUUUGGUGGAUGUUUUAUUCGUCUGGACACCUGUCUUGGCUCGAACCAUAGCUAAUCUGAGCUGCCGUCGUGCCGUUAGCUAGCAGCUAACUGUAGCUAAGAGGAAGAUGGGGUCCAUCCUGAGUCGUAGGAUGGCUGGUGUUGAAGACAUCGAUAUCCAGGCAAAUUCGGCCUAUCGAUUUCCCCCGAAAUCUGGGAAUUACUUCGCCAGCCAUUUCUUCAUGGGAGGAGAGAAAUUUGAUACUCCACAUCCAGAGGGAUACCUCUUUGGGGAAAACAUGGACCUGAAUUUUCUUGGAAAUAGGCCAGUGCAGUUUCCAUAUGUGACACCUGCACCCCAUGAACCAGUGAAAACCUUGAGGAGUCUGGUUAACAUACGGAAGGACUCUCUCCGUUUAGUGAGGUACAAAGACGACUCGGACACUUUGGUGGAGGAUGGCGGGAAACCCAAGGUCCAGUACKGCGUGGAGUUUACCUUUGAUGCUGACGCCAGGGUCGCCAUAACGCUCUACUGCCAGGCGUUUGAGGAGUUCUCCAAUGGGAUGGCGAUGUACAGCCCAAAGGAUCCAACCUUGGUCUCAGAGACGGUGCACUACAAGCGUGGGGUGAGCCAGCAGUUCUCCAUGCCGUCCUUCAAAAUCGAUUUCAGCGAGUGGAAAGAGGAAGACCUGAACUUUGAUUUGGACCGAGGAGUGUUUCCCAUGGUAAUCCAAGCAGUGGUCGAUGAAGGAGACGAUUGUCUUGGACACGCUCAUGUUCUUUUGGCAGCAUUCGAAAGACACGUUGACGGCAGUUUCUCCGUCAAGCCUCUGAAGCAGAAGCAAAUCGUGGACCGUGUCAGCUACCUCCUCCAGGAAAUCUACGGGAUCGAGAACAAAAACAACCAAGAGACCAAGCCGUCUGACGAUGAGAACAGCGACAACAGCAACGAGUGCGUCGUCUGUCUGUCCGACCUGAGAGACACGCUCAUCCUGCCCUGCAGACACCUGUGUCUCUGCAACUCCUGCGCAGACACCCUGCGCUAUCAGGCCAACAACUGUCCCAUCUGCAGGCUGCCCUUCAGAGCCUUGCUGCAGAUAAGAGCUGUGAGRAAGAAACCUGGAGCUCUCUCUCCUGUGUCCUUCAGUCCUGUUCUGGCUCAAACUAUGGACCAUGAUGAGCACUCRAGCUCCGACUCGGUCCCGCCUGGUUUUGAACCCAUCUCCCUGCUGGAGGCGCUGAACGGCCUGCGGUCGGUGUCUCCCCCCAUUCCCUCUGCGCCGCUGUAUGACGAAAUCAACUUCUCCGGGAGUCCGGGAGGAGACAGCCGGCAGCUGAGCUCUCCGGAGCAUUUAAGCGACGGAAGUCUUCAGAAAGGAAAAGUCAGCAAGUCACCUGACAGCACCCUGAGAUCGCCAUCCUCUCCCAUCCAGGAGGAGGAUGAAGAGAAGCUGUCUGAGAUGUCUGACGCGCAGCCACACACACUUCUCUCCAGCAGCCCCGCUCCCACAGAUGCUACUGCCACCGAAGAUGUGGCAGAAUCCCUUUCUCCAGACGACGAUGACAGAAUGCCGCCUGGAGGAGACAUCCUGCAGGACUGCAGCAGUGAGCACUGCAGCUUGACCAAAGCAGAAAGCGACCCAGCGGGGGAUCUGUCUUUGCCUGGUUCGUCGGACUCRACGGAAAGCCUAAAAAGUCAGAGCACAAACUGCUCCAGCCAGCCUCUCCUGUGUCCCACAAGCAGCCUUCAUAUGGAAGACGAACAUUUCAACUGACUCCGACUCAGCUCCGCCUCACUACAACAAUCCCGUCCCUUCGUCGCUUUCACACAGGGCCUCCAAAAUGCCCCCGCCGCCCUGCUCUGAGCUUCUGUUUUAAUGAUUGUUGAUAUGAGGCUUUAAAGAAAAUGGGAGGAUUACGAAGGAUAGUUCAUUCCAUCGACUCGAAGGAGAACACCGAGCCGAGGCRAAGGUGUUUUUCGUCUCAUUUUCAAUGACUGGUAUAUUUCAGUUUUCAUCUUUGAAAAAAAAAACAACAUUUUAUUAACAUCCAUAGUGUUCAGCUGUGUGUGUCUUGGACAGAGUUGUGAUUUUUGUAAUGUAGAUUUCAGAGAUUUCCACUACCUUUCUCGGUGGUGCUUUCAAGCACAGUUAACCACAAGCUAACCAUCCUAACACUCAUUUGAGAAGAAGCUCUAAAUGCAGUUUGUAUUAAUGUUUUGGAACGAUCAGAAACACAGRAGAUUAUCGAUCCAAGAUGAUUUGAUUUGUCGGGAAAGCUUUACUUUUUGUUUUUGUCUCCGUUUCUGAUUGAUUUUUUUUUUUUUUUUUUGCACUCCAACAAAAUAGUUUAUCCAUUCCUUUUAGAGAAAGAAUAUGAUGAAGUUAUUUUUUUUGUUGUAUUUCACCCUAAGCAUGUUGGUUUACUUUUCAGAUAAUGUGAUACAAUUAAGAAUUAUGUGUACUUCAAAAUCUAUUCUUGCUUUUUAUGUAUGUAUAAAAUAUAAUGUUUAAAGUACAAAAAUAGAUUCUGGUAAAAUGCACAUUAUUUAAAUAGCUCCAGGCUAAUCCAGACAUAGUUAAAGCCUCGAACAAGCAGCCAAUAGCAAGGCAAGCUUACCCGUCAUUGAUAUGGCUGAUAGCUGUACAGUCUUUUUGUGGCAACCCAAGUGUUAGCUUAUGAUGUCGCUGCAGAACAAGGAGUCACGUGUUGGUGUGGCAGCAGCUUUAGUUUCCUUGGUCCAGUACGUGUAGCAUCAUGCGUUUUAGAUCUAUGUGCCUUGAAUUAAUGUGGCUGCCUGCUUCUUGCAACAUUCUUACAAAUGCUACAAUAUACAACGGCUCCACUGCACAGACAGGUUUUAGGACGCUAAUGUACAGAACCUUUCAUUUCUCUUUCAAACUUCAUGCAACAGGGGAAAAAAAGAAAAAGUUGUUAUUGUCAUUAAGUAAUCUUAAGUUGAAUUGUUGCUUUUCUUUGUGAUAUCCAAGUAUUAAUUAUGCAUUUAUUAUAAGUACUUAGGUCUGAGUAUGUUUGUGUAUGUGUUGCCAGAAGGAGCACAUCUAUGAAAUGUCUGCAUUUUAUUAAUUGGGCUUGCAUUUGCAUGUGAAUUAGUAGACGCUCUCACCUCGCGCUGCUCUUGACUGUUUCUUUUGUCGUUUUAUCCUCUUCUGUGCCAUUUCAACUUGACACUGUGCCUUCCUGUUCUGACCACUGUUGCCCUGGUAUCCAGGAUAACCCCACAGUAGGUGGUGUUUGGCUCUAUGUAAAAUCCUGUACCCGUCUCUCUUUGUGUGUUUAGCGGCAUGUGUAUAACAAUAAAGAACAAAGAUUCAAUACCAAAACACAGGCA